AUGCCUAAAAUAUCAUCUGACAAAAAACUUUUCUUUAAGCUUUUGGGAUAGGAAUUAAAUGAAGAAGAAUUGGAAGAGUUAGUUUUCAGAUUCGGUAUAGAAGCUGAAGAAAGAGAGGAAGAACCAGAUAUAUUAUAUUUUGAAAUUGCAGCCAAUAGACCUGAUUUAUUAUGCAUAGAAAAUUUAGUGCAUGCAUUAAGAGUAUAUUAGGGAUUGGAAAAAUAAAGAGUCUAUAAUUUUACUCCUGCUAAAGAAACAAUUUAUGUGAAAGCUGCAACACAAUAGAUUAGACCGUUUGUUGUUGGAGCAAUAUUGAGAGAUGUUACUCUAACAGAAGAUAGUUUUAAAUCCUUUUUAUCAUUUCAAGAUAAAAUUCAUCAAAAUUACGCUAGAAAAAGAACUUUAGUUUCCAUAGGAACUCAUGAUUUAGAUAAGAUAGAAGGACCUUUCUUUUAUGAUGCAUAACCACCUUAAGAUAUUGUAUUCUAAGCGCUAAAAUAAACUGAAUCUAUGAAUUGCAUUGAUUUAUUUAGCAAAUUAAGAGAAGAUUAAUACUUAAAGGGUUAUUUAAAGAUAAUCGAGAAUUCUCCUGUUUACCCUGUUAUUUAUGAUAAUAAAAAGAGAGUAUGUUCAUUGCCACCAAUUAUUAACGGAGAGCAUUCAAAAAUGUCAGCAGAAACUAAAAAUAUAUUGAUUGAAGUCACAGCAAUAGAUGAAUAACGGGCUUUACACACGUUAAAUUGCUUGAUUAGUGGAUUCGCUAUUUACAAUCAAAAAUUAAAUAUUGAAAAAGUCAAUAUUGUCUAUGAAUUAAGCAAGAAAUAAGUUGUUACACCUGUCGUAGAUGAAAGAAUCUUAACAACAAAUAUUUAAUAUAUUAAUAAAGUCUUAGGAAUACAUAUAACAACGCAAUAAGCAUGUGAGCGGUUGUCAAUAAUGGGUAUAAAAGCUGUCGCUAAAGAUGAAAGUGUUUUGGAUUGUUUAGUGCCAUUCUAUAGAAGUGAUAUCCUUUAAUAAUGCGAUAUUGCUGAAGAAAUCGGAAUUGCUUAUGAUUACAAUAAAAUAGAGUUUAGAGUACCAGAGACUGCAACAACUGGAUCAGAAUAUAGAUUAAAUAAAUUAUCAGAUAUGGUGAGAGAAGAAGUGGCCUUAUGUGGUUUUGUAGAAUGUUUGAAUUUCGUGUUAAUGUCAAUUGAUGAAUAAACUAAGAUGUUAAAUAGACCAAACCUGUAAAAUUACGUGUCUCUCAACAAUUCUAAAACUCCAUAAUUUUAAUCUGUGAGAUCAACUCUCAUUCCUGGAAUAUUGCACACUUUAUAAGCUAAUUCAGAUAGCAAAUUGCCAAUCAAAUUAUUUGAAGUUUCAGAUGUUUGUGUGAAAGGAUAGAAAUCAGAGAAGGAUGGAUUCUAAAAAGGAGAAGGAUAAGUGGGAGCUCAUAAUUAAAGAAAUUUGGUUGCUAUUCAUUCAAGCAGUAAAAAAACGGAGUUAGAGAUUUUACACGGUUUGUUAGAUUAAUUAAUGAUAAAACUAAGAGUCAAAAAGACAGAUUAUCACUUGAAAUAAUCAAAUGAUCCUUUAUUCUUCCAUUAAUUAUAAGCAUAAAUUGUUUAUAAAGAUUAAACGAUAGGAGGUUUGGGAGUUGUCCACCCAGAAGUACUUGAAAGAUUUGAUUGGAAAUACCCUGUAACUUUAUUAGAAAUGAACAUUCAGGUGAUUUUGAAUGAUUUCUGA